CAGCACGCUGGUCCAGCCAGGGACGGGCACGGGAAGGGAGCAGAGACCCACUCACCCCAGUUUGCCCCAUUCCUGCAGAGUUUUAUCACUUGGAUUUCCUCCCUGGGGCUUCAUGGCUGCUGCCCGCGCCACCGCGGCGCCUUGGGGAUGGGAAGAAAAGGUGCCCAUGACAAAAGCCUUCCUCGCUUGGCUGCCCUGGGGGUGGCAGCCAACCCCCACACUGGAGCCCAGCCACGGCGGCCGCGCAGGAGGGUUUUGUCCCUCGCUCCAGAGCCACGGGGCUGCAUUCAGAUGAUCCGUCCGGAGUGGAGAGAGCCCCUGGCUUGGCCCUGGCACCACCGGCUGGGUCCGGGCAAUCGAGCUCCGGCUGCCCCUGCUGAGCUCCUGCUGGGAAGGGGAGGGCAGAGCAUGGCCCCAGCCCUCCCGCUGCUGCUGCUCUGGGUGUUUGCCCCCACAGUGGUCCCGCAGGUGUUUGGCCCCGGAGAUGGCGCAGAGGACCUCAAGGCUCUACAGGUCUCCAUCCCACGCCACCCAGCCCUCGAGCCUGUGCUGGCAGGCGACAUCACCAUCCCCUGCCUCAUCACCUACCUUGGCCCCCAGCCCACUGCUGGCACGGGCGGCCGCCGGGCUGUCCUGGGAACCCCCCGGGUCAAGUGGACCUUCAUCUCUGAGGGCAGGGAGGUGGAGAUCUUGGUAGCUCGGGGGGACAGGGUGAAGGUGAGCGAGGACUAUCGCCUGCGCGCCUCCCUGCCCAUCUUCCACCAGCGCUACACCAACGCCUCCCUCCUGCUCACCGAGCUGCGGCCCAACGACUCGGGGAUCUACCGCUGCGACGUGCAGCACGGCAUCGAGGACGGCCACGACAUCCUCCAUGUCAAAGUCAAAGGGGUGGUGUUUCACUACCGGGAGGGCUCCAUGCGCUACGCCUACACCUUUGCCGAGGCGCAGGAAGCUUGUGCCCGGAUCGGUGCCAGCAUUGCCACCCCCGAGCAGCUCUACGCUGCCUAUCUGGGUGGCUACGAGCAGUGUGACGCCGGCUGGAUCGCCGACCAGACUGUCAGGUACCCCAUCCAGACACCCCGCGAGGCCUGUUAUGGAGACAUGAAUGGCUUUCCUGGGGUCAGGAACUACGGGGUUGUGGACCCAGAGGACAUGUACGACGUGUACUGCUACGCUGAGGACCUCCCAGGGGAGAUCUUUUUGGAGACGGCCCCAGCCAGGUUCACGCUGGAGGAGGCGGUGGAGCGCUGCCGAGCGCUGGGCGCGGAGCUGGCGAGCCCGGGGCAGCUCUACGCGGCCUGGAACGCGGGGCUGGACGCCUGCAGCCCCGGCUGGCUGGCCGACGGCAGCGUCCGCUACCCCAUCGUCACCCCCCGCGAGCGCUGCGGCGGAGCCCUGCCGGGUGUCAAAACCAUCUUCCUCUUCCGCAACCAGACGGGAUUCCCCGAUGCCCAGAGCAGAUACGAUGCGUACUGUUUCCGAGAAGGGACAAACUCUUUCCCUGAGGCUGCAGGAAAAUACCAAGCCCAAGAGCCCGAGGAGAAUCUCCUCCAGGAGAUUGUCACAGUGGCAGAAAAGCUGGAGGAGCUGCAGCUGCCCAGAGCACCAGUGGAGCUUGAGUCGCGAGGGGCUAUUUACGCCGUCCCUUUCUUUGAGGACGCUGAGCUGGAAAAGCCGAGCCCGUCCCCCGAAGACACACCAGGGCCAGGGGCCCGGCACCCCCCACUAGAUACCUCCGUGUCCUCAGAGGAAGAACAGGGAGCAGCGCCGGGCAGGGGCCCUGGCAGCACAUCGGCGGAGAGCCCGGGCGGAGGGCGAGACCCCAGCCUGGAGCCGGACGGAGCCCCCGGCACAGAGACACUCUCCGUGGCCCCGCGGCUGGGCGCAGAGGGACCCACCGCUGUCCCAGCAGAGCACCACAAGCCCGGCGGGACGAGCAGCCCCGUCCCCGCCGCUGAAGACGCCGAGCUCUCCGGAGACGUGGUCGAAAGCCUCGGGGCUUCCCCGCUGCCCGCUGCGCCCUCGCAGCCGCAGGAGGAGGGAGAGGAGCUGUCAGGGGCCCCGUGGUUCCCCUCGCCUGCGGCCCCGGGGGACGGGAGCACCGUCCCCGCAGCGGAGGCAACGGCGGUGCCCGGCGGCAGCCGCGCCCCAGCCCUGGAAGGAGAGGAGGCUGUGCCGCGACCCCCGGGCGCUGACCGCGGGAUGCCUGCUGCACCUUCCCGGGAGGAGGAGGAGGAGGAGGAGGAGGAGGAGGAAGAGCAACCUGCUCCCUCCGUUGCAACCGUGGAGGGUUUCCUUGCAGCCGUUCCUGGAGAACCAGGUGGCUGUGUCCCCAACCCCUGCCUGAACGGAGGGACCUGCACAGAGGACGACACCCACCUCACCUGCCUGUGCCUGCCCGGCUACGGAGGCAGCAGCUGUGAAAGACUGCUGAGGAGGUGCAGCCCCGGCUGGGACAGCUUCCAGGGAGCCUGUUACAAGCACUUCUCCACCCGGAGGAGCUGGGAGGACGCGGAGACCCAGUGCAGACAUUACGGGGGACAUCUUGCCACCAUCCUGACCCCUGAAGAGCAGGACUUCAUUAAUGACCAGUACAGGGAAUACCAAUGGAUCGGCUUGAACGACCGGACUAUCGAGGGGGAUUUCCAGUGGUCUGACGGGAGCCCCUUGCUCUAUGAGAACUGGCACCCUGGGCAGCCCGACAGCUACUUCCUCUCUGGUGAGAACUGCGUGGUCAUCGUGUGGCACGACGGGGGCCAGUGGAGCGACGUGCCCUGCAACUACCACCUCUCCUACACCUGCAAAAUGGGGCUGGUGCAGUGCGGGCCCCCCCCCGCCCUCACCAACGCCCGCGCCUUUGGCAAACCAAAGCAGCGCUACGAGAUCGGCUCCACGGCGCGGUACCGGUGCCGGCACGGCCUCAUCCCGCGCCGUUCGCCCGUCAUCCACUGCCGCGAGGAUGGCACGUGGGAGCCGCCCCAGCUGGUCUGUCGCCCCGGCCUGGCUCAGCCCCGUGAAAACUGAAUGAGUCCCCGGGGCAGCAGCCACCACCUGCCCAGGCCCUGGAGCUCAUGGGGAUGGGGACAGCACUGGGAGACCGGCGCAGACACCGGCGUGGGAUGAAACCUCACUGUUGGGUGUUUGCCUCCUUGUUUGUUUUAUAUCUGUACAAAGAAAUCCCAAUAACUAAAGACCCCCUCGAAAGGAACCGACAGUGACCUGAAAUGCAGCACAACGGGAGUUUUGUUCCCGCAGUCACAACAGAAUUGAAAUCAAAGGGGACACCAUGGGCAGGGGAUGGCAGUGACAUGCCAGUGUCACCUUCAGCCUCUUUCUCCCACCUCUGCCCCAAGGGUUCUCAUCCUGUGACACCCUGGUGGGGGGUGACAUGGGGACAUCCAAGCUCUGCUGCAGCUCAGCACCCUCCUGGGGUGUGGAGGUGCUUCUGCACUUCCCAGGAAAGGCAGAAGUCACCACCACAGGCUUGGAGUUGUGUACGUGUUGCCCAAACCCCCUCUCCGUGCUCCUGUGGGUAUUAAAACCAGUAAACAGAUGGUGCAGA